GAGAAACCUAACAAAGCUGUCCCUCAUCUUCAGCCACAUGCUUGCAGAAAUCAAGGCUAUUUUUCCAAAUGGCCAAUUCCAGGGUGAUAACUUUCGUAUCACCAAAGCUGAUGCUGCAGAUUUCUGGAGAAAAUUCUUUGGAGAUAAAACUAUAGUGCCAUGGAAAGUGUUCAGGCAGUGCCUUCAUGAAGUUCAUCAGAUAAGCUCUGGUUUGGAAGCAAUGGCUCUUAAAUCUACUAUCGACUUGACCUGCAAUGACUACAUUUCAAUUUUUGAAUUUGAUAUCUUCACUAGAUUAUUUCAGCCGUGGGGUUCAAUCUUGAGGAACUGGAACUUCUUAGCUGUGACUCAUCCUGGAUAUAUGGAAAAAUACGAUGAAGUGAAAGCGAGGUUGCAAAAAUAUAGUACUAAGCCUGGGAGCUACAUUUUCAGACUGAGUUGCACUCGCUUGGGACAGUGGGCCAUUGGAUAUGUGACUAGCGAUGGGAACAUAUUGCAGACCAUACCUCACAAUAAGCCCCUGUUUCAAGCUUUGAUUGAUGGCAGCCGGGAAGGAUUCUAUCUGUUCCCAGAUGGACGAAGUUACAAUCCUGAUUUGACAGGAUUAUGUGAACCCACACCACAUGAUCAUAUAAAAGUCACCCAGGAGCAGUAUGAAUUGUACUGUGAAAUGGGUUCCACUUUUCAGCUCUGUAAAAUCUGUGCAGAGAAUGACAAGGACGUGAAGAUAGAGCCUUGUGGACACCUUAUGUGCACUUCUUGUCUUACAGCGUGGCAGGAAUCUGAUGGCCAAGGCUGUCCUUUCUGCCGCUGUGAAAUCAAAGGAACUGAACCAAUAAUUGUGGAUCCCUUUGAUCCAAGGGAUGAAAACUCCAGGUGCUGCAGUAUUAUUGAUAGCUUUAGUAUGCCCAUGUUGGACUUGGAUGAUGACGAUGAUAGGGAAGAGUCUUUAAUGAUGAAUCGUUUGGCUUCAGUCCGAAAGUGCAACGAGAGGCAGAAUUCACCAGUGACUUCCCCGGGAUCUUCCCCUCUUGCACAAAGAAGAAAACCACUUCCAGACCCUCUACAAAUACCACAUCUUAGUCUUCCACCUGUACCUCCUCGCCUGGAUCUUAUUCAGAAGGGAGUAGCGCGGUCACCAUGUGCCAGCCCAACUGGAUCACCAAAGUCUUCUCCUUGUAUGGUAAGGAAACAAGACAAACCUUUGCCAGCACCACCACCUCCCUUGCGUGAUCCUCCGCCACCCCCACCAGAGAGACCCCCUCCAAUUCCACCAGACAACAGGAUAAGCAGACACCUGCAUCAUCCGGAAAGCGUGCCUUCCAGAGAUCAGCCGAUGCCCCUUGAAGGCUGGUGUCCCAGAGAUGUGUUUGGGACGAGUCAGUUAGUAGGAUGUCGAAUGGGGAGUGAUACUUCUCCCAAACCAGGACUGACUGCAAUUUCAAACAUAAAUGGAAGGCACAACCGCAUAAGUUCUGAUCCUGGAUUUAUGAGGAAACAUAGACGUCACGAGCUGCCUGCAGAAGGUGCCAAGGUCUUUUCGAAUGGUCAUCUCAUAAAUGAAGAAUAUGAUGUCCCUCCACGGCUUUCACCCCCUCUUCCAGCUGCCUCCAUCAUCCCUAGUAUAAA